AUGAAGACUCAGUUGGAGUCAUGUUCCUUUUUCUUUGUGUUUCACUUCUGUGAAAAACCACCACCGAGGGGUGGUGGUGUUGCUGCUGUUGUCCAUCGAACACCACCAAGAACCACUUUUUCAUCACCAUUCUUACCGAUCAGCAACAACUCAAACCACCUGCCAUCUACAGCAAUCGCCACCACUCCCUUUUUACUGUUAUUGGCGAUUCUGGAGAGACCUCGAGGCAGCAGUCGCCUGCAUCGAUUACAUCAAUCCUUGCCCGCCAAUUGUUCGCUAAAAUGGCUGAAAGAAAUUCUUUGUCCAUUUCCAUUUACUCUUCAUCACUCUUUUACUUUAAUUCAAUUUUAG